GAUAACGAAACUUGCACUUUAAGGCUUUAAGCUCACUCUCACUAAAACAAAUUCAAUCAACAAUGGCUUCCUCAACUUCUCUCUCAUUCUUCUCCUCUUCAAUCUUCCUCUCUUCAUCUCACAAUAGAACCCCCAAAACGUCAAUUUCCCUCACCCGGCCAAAACUCUCCCUCAAAAAUUCCGUUCCCAAAACUCUAAUUAUCUCCUCUCAGCUCGCCACGCUCCCGGUGUUAUCCUUCACCGGCGAAAAAAUCGGCGAGACAUUUCUCGACCUGAAGUCGGCCCCACCCGACACCGCGCGUGCCGUGGUUCACCGCGGUUUAAUAACCGACAUGCAAAACAAGCGACGCGGCACCGCGUCUACUCUCACGCGCGCUGAAGUCCGUGGUGGAGGUAGGAAACCCUACCCGCAAAAGAAAACGGGCCGGGCACGUCGCGGGUCUAUGCGGUCCCCGCUUCGGCCGGGUGGAGGCGUGAUAUUUGGGCCGAAGCCGAGGGACUGGUCGAUUAAGAUUAAUAGGAAGGAGAAACGGUUGGCGAUAUCGACGGCGUUAGCGAGCGCGGCGGAGAACACGAUUGUGGUGGAGGAGUUUAAUGGGAAGUUUGAGCGGCCGAAGACGAAGGAGUUUAUAGAGGCGAUGAAGAGGUGGGGGUUGGAUCCAAAAGUAAAGUCGACGUUUUUGAUGAUGGAGGUUAGUGAAAAUGUGGAGAAAUCGAGCAGGAAUAUCGGGACAUUGAAGAUGUUGACUCCGAGGACGUUGAAUUUGUUUGAUAUUUUGGAUGCCGAGACGCUGGUGUUGACGCCGUCAGCUGUUGAUUUCUUGAACGGAAGAUAAGGGGUCGAGUAUGAAGGGGAAGACGAAGACGAAGGAGAAGAGAAUGAAGGGAGUGAGGCAAAUGAGGAAUCAGAUUCGACAGAGUGAUGGUGAUGGUGUAGAGUAUUGUAGCAAUCUUUCUGACCUAGGAUUCAUUUUAUAUUUACCCACUUAAUCCUAAUGAGGGAUUGAGGGUUUCUGCGAGCCUAAGUCAACAAUUGUGUAAUUCGGCAGCUGCCUCGUUUUGGUAUGUUAUAUUUUGUGAAUCAUUUUUUGUAUCCAUUGAACACGCCUUUAUUUAAAAUGUAUGGAAAAUGUAUCUAGUUAGUUCAGCUAAUCUUCUACGUUAUGUCUCCUCAGUUUUGCUUCACUUCUUAUUCAACUUUUCUUUUUCACUUUUCAGCUAUAUCUUGUUACUUA